AAGGUGAACAUCCUUGCCUAAUCUGACCGGUGCGUGUGACUUUGAAGUGAAAGCUAACAUAUCCUGAAAUCUAACUCUUAAACAUCUCGAAAGACAUUUAUCGUUGGAAAAUACUUUCCCAAAAAGAAAAUAAAAGUGAAAAUACAGCAAUCACAGGACUUAAGUAAUUAUUUACAUAUCGAUCCGCGAGUUUCCGCGAACGGAGUACUUUCGGUCAGCGGCCGGCAUCCACCAAAAACGUUAAGACUAAGGAGUAACCGUCUCCGCCAUCGAGAUGGCGUUCAUGAUGCCAGUAGUAAAGAACGACUGGGACAUUUACAACUCCCAGCGGUCGAGGCGCGAGUCCACAGAGAAGACGGGGCCUGGAGGUCGCGUGCGGAAGGUUUCAGAGUCGCGGUCGGAAGGGCCGGGGCUGUCGUCGGCGCCCCACCGCGGGGCGCUGAGCCCGCACCGCAGCGCCCCCGCCAUGCGGUCGCUGUCGUACUGCCGGGCGCCCCCGUCGCGGGCCUCGCUGCGCGCCGCCGACAGCCCCAAGGGCUCGGGUAGCCCGCAGCGCGCGCGGGAGCCGGAGAAGUUCCACAGCAGGGCCCGCGCGGAGUCCCCCGAGCGACACUCGCGCUGCGCGGCCUGCGUGCCCUACCUGUGACUGUGCCGCCGGCCCCCGCAGGCACACCAUCUGUGAUAUCUACCCGAUAGCGACCCAGACCUCGGCCCUUCAAGGUCGGGACAGCCCUUAGUUUAUCACGGCUCGCUUUAUCUGUUGCAUGCGGAUCACGAGGUUGUCAGUAUUA